CGGUGCAAUGCACAUGCGCAACGGUGUGUUGUUGUCGGCGGCGGUAAGAUGGCGGCGCUCGGGGACGCAUCAGCUCCGGGGCUGAACGGGUUAAUACAGCAAUUUACUGCCAUAACGGGGGCCACUGAAAGUGUGGGGAAGCACAUGUUGGAGGCCUGUGACAAUAACUUGGAGAUGGCAGUGACCAUGUUCUUGGACGGAGGGGGGAUCGCAGAGGAGCCCAGCACCAGCUCCAGCUCAGCAGGGGCUUCCAGCAGCAGACUCCCCCUGCCAGAGGACGAGGUACGGGCGCCCAUCCCACAGAAACAGGACAUCCUGGUGGAGCCAGAGCCCCUGUUUGGAGUGCCAAAGAGGAGGAGGCCGGCAAGGUCCAUAUUCGACGGCUUUCGGGAUUUUCAGACAGAAACAAUUCGGCAGGAGCAGGAGCUGCGGAACGGCAGUGCGGUGGAUAAGAAGCUGAGCACGUUGGCUGACCUCUUCCGCCCCCCAAUCGAGCUCAUGCACAAAGGCAGCUUCGAGACGGCGAAGGACUGUGGGCAGCUGGAUAACAAGUGGCUGAUGAUAAACAUCCAGAAUGUGCAGGACUUCUCCUGCCAGUGUCUCAACAGAGACGUGUGGAGCAACAACGCCGUCAGAACCAUCAUAAGAGAGCACUUCAUCUUCUGGCAGGUGUACCACGACAGCGAGGAGGGACAGAGGUAUAUCCAGUUCUACAAACUGAAUAAGUUCCCCUACAUCUCCAUACUGGACCCACGGACAGGGCAGAAGAUGGUGGAGUGGAACCAGCUGGACGUGUCGUCCUUCCUGGAGCAGGUUUCGGGGUUCCUGAGCGAGCACGGGCAGCUCGACGGGCUGUCCAGCCGACCCCCGCCCGCCAAACGAGCACGCUCCGAGAGUUUGAUUGACGCGAGCGAGGACAGCCAGCUGGAGGCGGCCAUCCGGGCGUCGCUGCAGGAGACGCACUACGAGUCCAACCCGGACGGCGGGGAGUCCCGCUCGGAGGACGACUCCGAGGCCGAGCCCUUCUCCGACAGCGAGGGGCUGAUCUCGGUCGACGGCUCGGACGACGAGGGCGGCGAGGGCCCCUCCGCCGGCCCCGCCCCCCCGCCGCAGCCCGCCCCGCCCCCCCGGCCCGACAGCCCCGCCCGGCACAGGAGGUCGCCGCACCGGGAGUCCUGCCACAGGAAGGAGGAGACCAAGAAGAACCACCUGGAGCCGUGCGAGAGGCCGCGGCCGGACCACGGCCACGGGGAGAACCACCGGUCCGCCGCCCCGCAGGCCCACAACUCCGGCCCCGGGCCCUCCGAGGCCGACCAGCCCGCCGACCCGGACCAGCCCGACGACAACGGUCCCAAGGCGCAGCUGAUGCUCCGGUACCCUGACGGCCAGAGGGAGCAGAUCACCAUGUCCACUCAGGCCAAGCUCAUGGCCCUGGUGAAGCACGUGCAGGCGAAAGGCUACCCCAACGAACGCUUUGAACUGGUCACCAAUUUUCCCCGACGGAAGCUCUCGCACUUGGACUAUGACAUCACACUGCAUGAGGCGGGGCUCUGUCCACAGGAGACUGUCUUUGUGCAGGAGAGAAAUUAGGGCCUCGGCCCCAACCUCCACCCCCUCCACCUCCCUAUACUCCUCCUCCACCUCCUCUUUCUCCACAACUCUGGACCGGACCUGGGGAAAGAUGUGCAGACCACAGCCCCCUUCCUCCAUCCUCUGUCUGGGAAAAAAAAAAAAAAAAAAAAAAAACAACCCUGCCCCCCCCCCGCCCCCCCUAAAUCUGUGUUCUCACCGGCCGCCGGUUUCCGUCUUAACAGGUGGCCCCUCGUGGUUUUAAUUCGCCGCGCGCUCAACGCAGUCCGCCCUGGUUGGUUCAGACGCGCCGCGAUGCGCUAACGCGGCGGCCCGUCUGGUUGAAGUUGACUGACCGUCGAGCUGAAAUGUGCAGAUCGUGUGCAGAGGGUCGUGUACGUUUCAAGUCGCGCGUCCUCCCCUGUCCACCCCUGUGUUGCAGGGAAUUCCAACAUGUAAGGACAUUUAUUUUCAGGCCUUUUUUUUAAGCUGUUCUCAAAUAACCCAUCAUCAUCGUUUUGUUGUUGUUGUUAUUAUUAUUAUUAUUAUUUUUUUGUCCAUCUCCACUUUAUUUUUGUUAAAUUUGUAAAUGACAUUGUGUCAGGAAGAGUUAAGUUAACUUUUUUUUUUUUUUUUUUCUUUUUUUUUUUUUGGUGAUUGGUGCUCCGCUAAGCAUCCCACCAACUAGCUGUGACUCGGUUGCCCCGACGACGGGGGUGGUUGUCACGGUGACGCUGGUUCACCUUGGAAACCAGCAGGGGUGGGGCUAUCGCAGAGAAUGUGUUCAGAUCUGUACUGCAGAGGUAUGGUGUAGAUCCAGGUGUAGUCAUAGUCAAUCGCUUUAUUUUUCUCUUUUUUUUUUUUUUAUAUACUGCCCCAUUUACAAAAAAAAGUUGUUGAUGCUGAAAUAUAUACAUCAAAACAGAG